ACAUACCCAACAACAAUUUUAAUUUUAAAAGAGAAAGAUUAAAAUCAAAAAGUGACGAUGACAAGAAAAAAUAUAAAACUUGCAUGGGUAGAGAAUGACAAUGCAAGAGCAAUAAGUUUAAGAACAAGGAGGGUAGGGUUACUGAAAAAAGUGAAGGAACUAUCCAUAUUGUGUGAUAUAAAUGCUUGCAUAAUCAUUUUCAGUCCUAAUGAAGCUGAGCCAAUGGUGUGGCCAUCAGUUGAGACGGCUCGUGGCCUCCUAGACAAUUUCUUUGCUUUACCGAGGUACGAGCAUAUUAAGAAAGAGAUGGAUGUCGAAUUAUAUCUAAAUGAGAAGACAAAUAAGGCUAAUGAAAAAUUGAUAAAGAGUUGUCAAAAGAAUAAAGAGUAUGUCACUAAUGAGUUGAUGAUGCAACUACAAUGCGGUCGUACAAUCGAUGAUCUUAACUUAAAUGAGAUCUAUACAUUACUAUCUUUCUCAAGGGAUAAUAUCAUAUCUCUUAGGAAGAAGCUAGAUUUCAUGCAGUUUUCUCCUCUUCGUGAUCUACCCGUGCUUCCAUUUGAGGCGCAAGUCGAACAGUUUAAGAUCACCACAAAUGACGCUUUUUUAAGAGGUGAUCAAGAUGAUGAGAGAGCAGGAAACACAGAUGAAGCAACAAGAAUAAUUAACAUUGAUAGUUUGAGGGAGAAUAAAAGUUAUUACUUAAUAGAUCAAUGGUUUCCAACACCCGAACCGCCUAAACCUGUAAUUGACCAGCAAAUUGGGCAUGGAAAUCCAAACCCUAGAGGCUUCUAUCCAUACCAAGGAAGCAGUAGCAAUGGGAACCCUAAUUUGGAGAUGAUGUCAGUUUGCCCCCAAGUGAUGACUUUCCAUGAUUUGGUUGGAUCUGCCACUCAACCAUUACAACAUGAGAACAUGAACAAUAAUCCAAUAAUGGCUAUGAAUCAACCAAGACAAUACCCUUUUGAUUUCAUGAGACAAGAGCUGGGAAUACAAGAGGAAGGAGGUAACAUUAACAACUUACAAUUUUACAGGAGAGACAACACUACAACGACAAAUGAUCGUCUCUGCCAAGAGCCAUCUCCUAAUGAAACAACCGCUAGAGAAGGUAAUAUUAAUGCAACAUCAUUUGAUAUCAAUAGGAUUUGGCCCAGUUUUAACAAUCAUAAUUUCUAGGAUCCUAGUUGAUAUUAUGUUCUAAGUUUGGUAUGAAUUUAUUUUAAAAAUCUGUUGGUUUGUAUUAUAUUUUUCAUAAAUAUCAUCUAAACAA